AAUAGCAACAACAAAUAGGCCUAGCAUAAAUCGACUUGCGACAUUUUAGGAUUUUAACACAGCGUUAAAUUAAUUCUUGAAAAAUCGAGAUGUCUUUUGCACAGGUAUCCCACCAUGUUAACCACACAUGCGCCACCCAGACUACCCCCAGGGGAAGUGCAGCUAACAGCAGGGGGCAUACCCCACAGCAGUCACCUCGUACCAAAACCCCUGGAAAGGACACCUCACCUUUCAGCUCUCCCCGCUCCUCCAAAGGUGCAAUGAUCAUCAUACGGUUCAACGCAUCUUACAUACAAUCAUUCAAGAACUCAAUGACAAAGAGCCGGAGCAUAAUGCGCAACUAUGGGGGCAGUUUGUUAGGAGUUGGAUCAAAGAUAUACUCUAUUGAAGGCAACUGGAAUCCACAGAAAUAUUGCGUUGGUGUUUUACACUUUGCAAACAGACAACAGGCAGACUUGUGGUAUGUGAGUGACCCACUUAUCAAACAGCAAGAUUGGUUGGAUGGAGCAGACUUCAUCUGUGUGCCUUUAUAUACAGCUGCCCCUUUAGAUAAAUGUGUGUUUGAAAUCAUGGAUCUGAAGAUGUCAAAUCCAAAAGCCUUCUUCGAAGAAUACAUUCCCAACACUACAGACAGCAUGGUUGCCCACGGAGCCACACCAUGCGUUGCUGCCACAGAGGAACAUUCCAGAAUUGCCUCUGACUAUAGAGGGCUCUGGGAGCCAGGGAUGGUCAUUGUACAUUGCUGGCCAAGUCUACAGGCUUUCAGACAAAGUUAUGAUUCAGAGGAAUACCAGUACUGGAAAAACUUCCGCCAGACCUGCACGUGCACUGAGUGUGACGUGGUUGUGUUCCAGGGCGAGACCUUUCCAUUCUAAAUAUGGUCUCAACAAACCCCAUGGCUAUGGUGGUCAUAUUCGUCUUCAGGUUUACAUACAGUGCAAAGUUUAACAAACAUAUUCAGUGCGCCAGAAAUUUAGAUAAUCUGACAAUUUGGAAAGGCAGUGCAAGAGAGGAAAAUAAUUUGCCAUCCAGAUUGAGACUAAAACACUUAAAGAUGUGUAAUUUUCAGUGUAAAAAAUGAUAAUCCAAUGACAAUGGUAUUCAUGUCAACUAUCAUGUCAUUCUAUUCUAUUCUAUUGUCAUUCUAUUCAUGUCAGUUAUCCGUCCAAUCAUACAGUACUUUAAGUAUACCUUUAGUUACACUCCCCUCCUAAAGUUUGGC